AUGACCUCCUGCCCCAUCGCAGACCGUUCCAUCUUCCAUGCCACUCACUACCUCUCCUCCCCAAUUCCCUUCCCCUUACAUCGACCCAGCACUCUUUCACUCGCCAACGAAAGCAUCUCGAGUCAUGCUUCUCGCGAUGCUCGUGCACAGGAUCUUGCUGAUCGGUACACUCGGCCUGCUCGCGCCGCUCGUCUCCGCAGCCCCGGCGCAAGGAGUGGAUGGAGUGGCAAGAGCCAAUCCCAAGCAUUCGACGCGCAAGUAUCCUCAGAUCACCAAACCUUGGUUGCUCAAUUACAGUGCCAAAGCUCAGCACUAUGCAGCCAACAUCGCUGCUCCACCCAUCGUUCAGGCGCGCAUAGACUUUGCGAAGGGAUGCAACGCUGUGCGCACGAAGCUCAGCAUGCGAUCUCCCGGCAACGUCUUCUACUUUGAUGCGCUACGGUCUCGUGCGGCAGGAGAGAAUUUGCUCGAAGCCAGCUGCGCAUUGUACGCCAUCACCUGGCACGGGGUGCGCGACGCUGUUGACCACACGCAAGAAGUUGCAGACAAGCUGGGGUGGGCCGUCGUCGGCGAAAAUCCCACUGAAGACGAUUCGCAGGGAGAGUCGCAACUGCAAGUCUGGCAGUACUCCAAACACUUUGAGGCAGACUCGAACGCAGCAGCAAGAGAUGUUUUGGAGACGUGCGCAGAUGUAGCAGAGGCUCAUGGAGAGGGGAGUUGGGCCACACUCAACAUCGAGGUCAGAUAUCCCAUCGCUUUGAGCUACAGCGUCAACUGCGACGCAUACAAAGUGGAUGAUUCCCUCUUCGAAACAAUCGACUUGACCAAGCUGGUGGGACAGAGAUUGCAUUGGACGCCCGUGGCAUAGUGCUUCAAAGGUUCUCGCCUGGCCUCGCCGAUCGCGAUUCGUCACGCAAUCGAGUACGCUUUUGUCUGCUCGCAACGCGUCAUGAACAUGAACACGAAGUGCAGUACCCAAAUUCAGAAGAUGAAUUAGGGAACGAGAAUAUCCUCCGAAUGGUCUCGCACUGCGAUUCGCGCAGGGUACGUCGACUUUUGAUGGUAUUCCGUGAUUGUGAGCAGAGAAAGACCAAGCGACGUUGACCACAUCCGAAGUCCUCGAAAGGCCCAUUCCCUAAGA